GAGGAGCAGAGGUAUAUGGACAGAGGUAAAUGGACAGAGGUAGAUGAGCAGAUGUAGCUGAAGUCGGUGAAGUAGGAAAGUGGUGAUAUGUACCUAGGGUCGAUAAUAGAAGGUGAGGCAAGAAAGGUCGUGUGCUCGAUGAAGUUGCCGAUAUUACAUAAAAACAAAUAUAUAAAGAAGGAAAUCCAUCACGAAGCUUGGAAAACAGCAGUGGUUGAGUAGAGGUAGAAGGUAAGAAUGAUUAACACUAGGUUUGUUAAGAUAUUCUUUGUGAUUAUCUUGGUGAUCAAUGUUCUUUACUUUACCAGGAUAUACACUAUUGAAGAGACCAAGUUAAAACAGGCGGCUAUUAAUCAUGUAUCGUCAAUAACAUAUUUCACUGAUGAUCAAAUAACGAUUCCGCAAGGGAAGAAGUAUGAGGAGUUGAGUAAUAAGGAGAAGGUGGCGUAUCUUUUGGAAAACGUUGGAAAAGAUGGAUCAAAUUAUUGGUUAGCAAACACUAAUUUAUUAGAACCAAAUUUGAAAAUUAAUCCAGCUGAUUUCUUACCAUCGUCGAAUGAGAAUCAGGAAACAUGGGCCACCAAGUCGACUUUGUAUUACGAUCCAAGGUUUACUAUUUCGGUUUACUUGAAUGAAAUUAAACAUCAAUUAAUGACUCAAAACCCUCAAAAUGAUAAAGCAUUGAAUUCCAAGAUUGUAGUUCCAUUUAGUUGGUCUGAUUGGGUGGAUUUAACCUUGCUUAAUGAAGAGUUGAGUAAACCAAUUGAUGACCGGGCUAAUUGUGAAUGGUUACAAAGCAAAAUCAAUAAACCAACCAAAUAUCCAAAUUUUUGUCAUAACUUGAAAGACUUAUCUGAGGUUGAAAUGGAUAAGAUUGGGUUCAAAGAUAAAAAAUAUUUACCUGGUUUUGUUGUUGAAAGCUCGCCAAUGAAUAAGGCUCCUCAUAAACAAGUUAUGAUGCAAGGGAAAUCUCAUUUAUUAACUUAUCAAGAAAAUCCAUUAUCAUUGAUUUUCUUAACUAAACUGGGUACUUAUGAAGCCCAGAUUUCUGAUAAACAAAGAAUCGUUCAUACUGAAAUGUUUGAACAUUACUUGGAACGUAAAAAUAUUAAUGCUAAUCAUUUGGAAGAUAUUAAUAAUGAAAUUAUCUUAAAUCCAGUUGAUGAAUUUAAUGAUUUAUUGAAAACAAUCCACCCAAGACCACUUGACUUGAAUGAUGAUAUUUAUAAAAUGAACUUAAUCACUCGUCAAAAAGAUAUUAAUGCUAGCAGAGAAUUAUAUUUAGAUACCGAAGCUUUCAAUUAUCAACAAGAACAAAUUGAUGAACAAAUAAGAGAUUAUGAAAUCAGAUUGAAUAAAUUGGAAGAAUUAAUGACUAAUGAAUUACAUUAUGAUCCAAAAGAAAUUGAAAUCAAUGCUUUGAAUAGACAUGAAUUAAAUCAUUAUAAUGGAUUAAAAUAUUCAAAUUCAAUUUCCAUCAAUGAUGAACCAACUUAUUAUAAAUUAGCUACUCUUAUCAAAGAUAGCACUAAUCAAGAUGCUGGUUGGCAUAACGAAUGGAGAUUCUUCAACGGUGCUUUACGUUAUUUAAAAGAUGGUUAUUCAAUGAAACAUUUGGAAAUUAGAGAACAAAUCAUUUUGGAUCGUUUAUUGAGAAACUGGUUCAGAUUUGCUGAAGAAAAAGGAAUCAUUAGUUGGAUUGCUCAUGGUCCUUUAUUGAGUUGGUAUUGGGAUGGUUUAAUGUUCCCUUUUGAUAUCGAUAUCGAUAUUCAAAUGCCAAGUGCUGAAUUGAAUCGUUUAUCAGCUAAUUAUAAUAUGACUUUAGUUAUUGAAGAUAUCUCCGAAGGUUACGGGAAAUAUUUAAUUGAUUGUUCAAGUUUCUUACAUCAUCGUGAUAAAGCUCGUCAAGAUAAUGUUAUUGAUGCUAGAUUUAUCGAUAUUGAUACUGGUACUUAUAUCGAUAUCACUGGGUUAGGUAAAAAUAAUGAAAAGCCUCCAGAUGAAUUUGAUAGUUAUAUCAGAAAUAAAAACUCUCAAGGUGAACCAAUUGAAUUAUAUAUGGAUCGUCGUAAACAUUGGCUUAAUUUUGAAAAAAUUAAUCCUUUAAGAUAUUCAAUGCUUGGUGGAGUACCUCUUUAUAUCCCAAAUGAUGUCAUGUCAAUGUUAAAUCAUGAAUAUACUCAAGGUACUACUCUGUACUAUUUCGAUGGUUAUUAUUAUGUUCCUUCAAUCAGAUUAUGGAUUCAACAAGAAAAAUUAACUUUCCUUUUCGAUGAAAAAGAUUAUAAAGAUGGAAAUGAAAUUAAUGUCGAUAAAUUCACUCAAUUAGUUAAAACAAUGAAUGACGAUUUAAAAGUUAAGUUAUUAGAAAGUGAUAAAGAUAUCUUGAUUGAAUAUUAUUUAACUCAUCAUUACACCUCUUUACAUGAAAUUGAAAAAAAAUUAAUGUUGGAUCCUUCUUUACAACAUCUGAUUCUAGACUUAAAACAUAAUACCGAUUAUCAUCAAUUAACUUCCAAAUUUAAAAUGGGUAAACCUUUAAGAAAACCUUUAUUCGAUUAUGAAUAUAUUGAACGUUUGAGACACGAUGAACAUAACCCAGUUCCAGAACCCCAAACCGAAACUGAAAAUCAAAAUGAUAACCAAAGCAACAACGAUACCAACGAUAACAAAAACGAUAAUAAAGAUAAUCAAGAUAAUAAGGAUAAUAUUAAGGAAGAUAAUAAGAAUGAAAAUAAAAACUAACUAAUCUUUUUGCAUUUCUAAUUUAAUUUAUGUAUUAUAUAUGGCUUAAGAGCAUUUAAUAAGUAUUCAAUUCUAC